GCCAACACUCACGUUGUCCUGUCUGUCUGCACAUUUUAAAUAUUCAUAUUUUAAUAUUAAGUUAAUUAUAUAUGUAAAUUAAUUAAGUUAAUAAAAUAAAAACAAUAAAAUAUAUAUUUAAAUGUAACUCAUAGAAAUUACAAAUAUAGUUUUUUUACAAUAACGGUUGCUUCUAAAUAAUUCGUUUGCGUUCUUCCUCGUAAGUUUCACCGUCAUCGCCGGAACCCUAAUUUGAUCUGCCGGAACUCGAAUCCACCGGGAGUAGAUGACUGCACGAUUGGGGAAUAGGUGAGAUCACGCAGGGUUGGAUUUCCUCGCCGGAUGGAGGGAGGUUAAGACUUUUGCUUCCUUUGCUUUGAAAUGUUUAUGUUUGCCAACAAUGAUGAUCUUUACUAUUUAUUAACUGAGCUUCAAGGGAAUUAUUCAGUGAGCAAUGAUUAUAGACAAAUUUACUGGAUCUGUUGAAGGUUUAGCCUUUCAGUCGUUGAGCAUAUCUACAAUUUCAGAGCUGUUGAGUAAACAACACUGGUCUGAGCUCAGACCCCUUUUUAGAACAACCAAACCAACAAUAUUCAUCGACCAAUUGUUCAAUGCGGGGGUUGAUUCAGAGCUUGUUUUGAGGUUCUUUCAGUGGUCUCAGAAAGAGUUUAGAAUUUCAUAUGGUCUUGAAACCACUGCCAAAAUUUUACAUCUUCUAGCAAAUUCAAAAAAGUACUCUAAAGUCAGGUCCUUUUUGGAUAAAUUUGUGAAGAACGAGAAGCACACAGUUUCUUCUGUUUUUCACUCCCUCUUGUCGGUUGGUGUCCGACCGUGUACAAAUGCUCUAAUAAUUGAUAUGUUGAUCUUAGGAUAUGCAAGAAAUUUACAAAUUCGUGCUGCCUGUGAAACAUUUAGGCGAUCUCAUGAUUAUGGAUAUAAGUUAUCACUGAAUUCAUGCAAUUCGUUGUUGAGUGGUCUGGUGAAGGAGAAUGAAACAGGAGAAAUGGAAUACGUGUACAACGAAAUGAUAAAGAGGAGAAUUAUGCCUAACUUGAUAACAUUUAAUAUUUAUAUUAAUGGUCUCUGUAAAGCUGGUAAGUUGAAUAAGGCAGAGGAUGUCAUUGAAGACAUUAAAGCCUGGGGAUUUUCUCCAAAUGUAGUUACUUAUAACACUUUGAUUGAUGGGCAUUGUAAGAAGGGCAGUGCUGGAAAAAUGUACAGAGCUGAUGCCAUUUUGAAGGAAAUGCUUGCUAAUAAAAUUUCCCCAAAUGAGAGAUCCUUUAAUUCUCUUAUUGAUGGUUUUUGUAAGGAUGAGAAUGUGUUGGCUGCAAAAAAGGCUUUAGAAGAGAUGCAAAGACUGGGACUAAAACCUAAUUUAGUUACUUAUAACUCACUGAUAAAUGGUUUAUCUACUAACGGGAAGCUAGAUGAGGCCAUUGCUUUGUGGGAUAAGAUGGAUGGCAUAGGUUUGAAGCCAAAUAUUGUUACUUAUAAUGUUCUUAUUAAUGGACUUUGUAAGAGGAAGAUGAUGUGGGAAGCAAGAAAACUCUUUGAUGAUAUAGCUAGGCAAGGUUUGGUACCCAAUGCAAUAACAUUUAAUACAUUGAUUGAUGCAUUCUGCAAAGACGGGAUGGUGGAAGACGCAUUUGCUAUGCAUAAAUCGAUGCGAGAAGAAGGGAUUUUUCCAAAUGUUUCAACCUAUAAUACCUUAAUUGCAGGCUUGUGCAGGAACCAGAACGGGAGAGCUGCAAAGGAUCUUCUUAAUGAAAUGCUGACCAAUGGCCUGAAUGCUGAUGUUAUAACAUAUAACAUCUUAAUAGAUGGAUGUUGCAAAGAAAAUGAAUCAAGUAAGGGAGAAAAAUUACUUGGUGAAAUGGUCAACCUUGGUGUCAAACCUAAUCAUAUAACGUAUAAUACUUUGAUGGAUGGAUAUUGCAUGGAGGGAAAUGUGAAGGCAGCAUUGAAGGUCAGGACCCAGAUGGAGAAAGAAGGGAAGCGGGCAAAUGUUGCUACAUAUAAUGUACUGAUUAAAGGAUUUUGUAGAACAGGCAAGCUAGAGGAUGCAAACAGGCUUAUUAAUGAGAUGUUGGAAAAAGGUUUGAAUCCGAAUCGAACUACCUACGAUAUUGUAAGAUUGGAAAUGCUGGAUAAAGGUUUUGUUCCAGACAUAGAAGGGCAUUUAUAUAAUAUUUCUAGUAGGUCUUGACAUGAAAGAAAUUUCAUUAUUAGUGUAUUAGAGUUUGGCUUCAUGAAAAAAAUUUACUGAAUUGGUACAUUUAGAAAGUUUACAAAUCUUACUUUCGGCCUUUUUCUCUCUUGGAUAAGUGUUAUACAGCAUUACCAUGUAGGGUAGUAAUUGAAUGUUGGUAACUUGGCAUUACGGUUUUGACAGCAUGAAAUGGACAUUCAUUUCGUUUGUUGUAUUGAAGUUUGAGGUCCAUUUCCUUUGGUUUGGAUUA